AUGUAUGUGAAAUGGUUUGAUACAGUAAUGUUUUACUAUGUGAUUUUAGUGUAUUUGGUGAAUAUCACUUUUUUGUCAUUUUCAAAUUUCCCACCGUUCCGUCCCCCAUACAUCCCGACGUCGCAGGGAUGGAACCCAGAAGACAAAUGCCGGCAUCCGCCGGAGGACAUUACAGGGGACACUGCAGGAGGGACAUCGCGGGAGCGCAGGACAAGGUAAGAGAAGAACAAAUCCUGGAGCAGCGCCGCAUGGUAAGCCCAAGUGUAGCUCGGGCUUACCGCUUGUGCUACACUCAGGAAUACCGCCAGGGAGGCUAC